AAGUCAUUCCAAAUUAUAUAGAUGAUACUACUAUACAUUACUUAACAUUAAAAUUCAAUUAAAUGAAAAAAAAAAAAAAAAAAUCAAUCCGCUACAGUACAAGCUGUCCACAUUUCAACUUUUAUUUUUAAAGAAAUGGUUAGCGCAUCAUCCAAUCAGCCACCAGCAAAUAUAUCCAACUUUGUCUAAAAUCCCAAUUUCCCAACCUCUGCCAUGACUGGCUGAAUCUCUCUCUCUCUCUCUCUCAGUCUGAGUCUCUGUUUCAGAAAUCACAGUAACAGUAGUGAGGGAGAGAGAAUGGCGAUAUGGGUGCUUCUGCUCUCAUUUGCAACAUUGACGGAAUUGUCCGCGAACGCGGCGGCGACGCCUGGUUUUCCAUCUUCAGCAAUCAAGGCAGAGGCGCAGCGGUCUGUAGCAUCCAAAGGCAACAAACUCUACAAAGAAGAGUUCUUCACCCAAAUCCUCGAUCACUUCAACUACAAUCCACAGAGCUACCACACCUUCCAGCAACGCUAUCUGAUCAACAGCAAACACUGGGGCGGCGCCGCCGCCAACUCCCCCAUCUUCGUCUACACCGGCAACGAAGGCGACAUCGAAUGGUUCGCUCAGAACACCGGCUUCAUGUUCGAGACCGCCCCCCAUUUCAAAGCUCUCUUGCUCUUCAUCGAGCAUAGAUUCUAUGGGAAGUCUAUACCUUAUGGCGGGAGCAAAGAGGUGGCGUAUUCUAAUUCGUCGACGCUGGGUUGCUUGAGCUCCACGCAGGCACUAGCAGAUUAUGCAACUCUCAUUCUUGAUCUCAAGCACAAUCUGUCGGCACUUGAUUCGCCUGUUGUUGUGUUCGGAGGUUCCUAUGGUGGAAUGCUGGCAGCAUGGUUUAGAUUGAAGUAUCCGCAUGUAGCUGUGGGGGCUUUGGCUUCUUCUGCACCAAUCCUCAAUUUCGACAACAUCACUUCCCCAUUUGCUUUCAACCAUAUCAUCACCCAAGAUUUUAGGAGUGAGAGUGAGAAUUGUUACAAAGUGAUAAAAAGAUCGUGGCAAGAAAUUGAAGACACGGCAGCAAAAGCUGGUGGAUUGGAAAUUCUCAGAAAGGCAUUCAGAAUAUGCAAGAAUUAUAUAAGUGCAGGGUAUUUAGAAGGUUGGCUUGGUACAGCAUAUACAUACACAGCCAUGACGGAUUAUCCAACUCCCACCAAUUUCCUCAAUCCUUUGCCUGCCUAUCCUGUCAAACAGAUGUGCAAAGCAAUUGACGAUCCGAAAACUGGAAACAAUACAUUCGAGAAAUUAUAUGGUGCGGCCAACAUUUACUACAACUAUAGUGGUGAUGCCACGUGUUUCGAUCUGGCUGAUGAUUCGGAUCCUCACGGCCUCGGUGGGUGGACGUGGCAGGCAUGUACUGAGAUGAUUCUAUUAACAGACGGCGACACCGUAGACAGCAUAUUCCCGCCGUCCAACUACAGCUACAACGAUCGAGUGCAAUUUUGCGAAGAUAGGUUCAACGUCAAGCCCAGGCCCACUUGGGCCCCCACCGAGUUCGGAGCCCGUCAUAUUCACAGAGUUCUGAAGCGUUUUGGCAGCAACAUCAUCUUCUUUAAUGGGCUAAGGGAUCCAUGGAGCGGUGGAGGGGUGCUAAAAGAUAUAUCAAAGAGUGUGAUUGCCAUUGUUGCCAAAGAAGGUGCGCACCACGUGGACCUUCGAUUCUCAACAAAGGAAGAUCCAAAAUGGCUUAAAGAAGUGAGGAAUAGAGAAGUCCACAUCAUAUCACAGUGGCUCUCUCAAUAUUAUCAUGAUUUGGCUGACUCUCUCAAUUAUUAAUUUGAAUUCUCUGUAUUUACUUACACACAUAAACACAUCAAUUUAUUCCGAUUCUCAUAUCCAAUAUAAGUUACUAUCAUUAAUUUCUGA